CAGUAGGAUUGAAAGUUAAACAUGAAAAAGGAGGUUUCUUAUUUGCAUUUAUCUGUUUUUAUUUUGCAUGUCUUCAUUUGGAGAUAAAUCGAGGUUGUACAAUAUUUUAAACACGGACUCAAUAUUCAAGAAUGUAAUUUAAAAAAAAGAUAUCUGUCAAGUUGGGAUAUGAAAGAACGAGGCGUUAGAAGAACAAGCUUAUCUGCAAACCUGAAGUUUGGAGACCACGCAGACAUCCAUUCGUACGAAUGUAAUAAUUGUAUUCCUUUUGCACAGAUGCAUUUGAUAAAAAAAUGGAACUCUUUGGAAGACUUUGCUAAUCUGAAAACUGACAUUUGUCCCCAAGAAUCAUUAAAAAUUAAUCUUUUAUUUCUUAAUCUCAAUGUUGGAGGAAAGAGAUUCCAGAUUGACUACCAGGUGGCAGCACGAUAUCCAAUAACUAGGAUCGGGAAGAUUGCAACUUGUGUCGAUCCAGUCAAGAGGCUAGAUCUAUGUGAUGAUUUUUCAGUCCAAAGAAAUGAAUAUUUCUUUGAUCGAGACCCUAUUGUUUUCUACUAUAUAUUUCAUUUCUAUCGUAGUGGCAUUCUGUGGAUAAUGGAUGAACUGUGUCCAAAAAACUUUGUUGAGGAAACCGAGUACUGGGGUAUUCACUUAAACUAUACCCAAAGAUGCUGUCGCAUACUCUUUGAAGAACAUCACGACGAGCUUAAGGAGCACAUUAAAAUACAGAAGGAUCUCCAAGCAGAAGUUUACCGUCAUGACCAUGAGAAACAUUUUGCAGGCAAAUGGUUGGGGGAUUUGCGAAAGAAGAUAUGGAAUUUGAUGGAAAAUCCUUACUCUUCUAUUCCAGCAAAAUUCCUAGCUGUAUUGUCCAGUUUUUUUGUUUUGAUUUCUAUAGUGGCCAUGUGUCUGAGUACAGUGGAAGAACUCCAACACAUGAAUAUAAAUGGUAAACCCUUCAUGGAACAAGUGGAAAUUGUAUGUGUCAUAUUUUUUUCCACGGAAUAUGUUAUGAGAUUGUUUUCGACUUCGGAUGUAAAAAGAUUUCUAAAAACUGUGUUAAACAUAGUUGACUUAAUAGCAAUCCUUCCUUUUUACAUACAAAUUAUAUUUGAAAGAUUCUCGGAAGAGACAGACCUGCAUUUACAUCAUGAUGAUAUCGAAAAAAUGGAAAGAGUGGGGCAACUUGGGAAGGUACUGAAAAUUAUAAGGCUGAUGCGUAUAUUUCGAGUUUUAAAACUAGCUCGCCAUUCUACUGGUCUUAGAGCUUUUGGAUUCACCAUCCGUCAGUGCUACCAGCAAGUUUGCUGUCUUUUCUUGUUUAUUGCUAUGGGAGUGUUCACCUUCUCUGCUCUUAUGCACUCUGUAGAACAUGAUAUACCUGGUACCAACUUCACUAGCAUUCCUGAUGCCUGGUGGUGGGCAGCGGUCAGCAUUUCUACUGUGGGAUAUGGCGACACAGUUCCUGACAGUGUUUUAGGAAGAAUUGUUGCUUUUCUCUGCAUAUCGUUUGGCAUUAUCCUCAAUGGAAUGCCUAUCUCCAUACUAUACAACAGGUUUUCUGACUUUUAUGCAAAAUUGAAAGCCCAUGAGAGUACGGGCACUUUGAAACAAGCACAUGGAAUAAGAUUUAAAGAGAGGACCAUAAAGAAGUUUAUGUCUUGUUGUUCAGUGAGACAAGGGAUAGGAAAAUAACGGGACAAUAAAAAUAAAGCAUUUAAUCUCUUAGGCUAGCAUAAUUUAAUGCUAGUUUGCAAAUAUUAAUAUGGCGUAACUACAUGAACACGAGCUUCCAUUAGUGAGACAUUACGGGAUUUAUAUUAGUUGCAUGAGAACACAUAGACUUUCACUAAUCAUUAAUCCCAACUGGGAUCCAAAAGAAUCUCCUAUGAUUAAUUGAUGCUCGAAGACUGGAGGAGUUCGAGCAUAGCAGAUGCGCUUUAUAUGGACUCCACAUACAUCUAUCCUCUCCAGAGCGCCAUGAGGCGGUGAUCGACAACAUCCUACUGGGUGAUGACGUUGCCUCCCCAUUCUGGCCUACUCAGGACAUAGGCUGAUUAUU